UCAGAAAAAUAAAGAUAUUGAGUUACUGAUAGACCUGCUAUUCAUAAAUUUGUUCUUGUUAGACAGCCAAUAUACCACUAUUGCAUUGCUGAGUUCACAUCUCAUUCAUAAACUAUGAUGCACAGUAGCACUGUUGAUUUGUACUUCUUAACGAUGCAUGUGAAAGUUUUCGUGCCCUACUUUUCAGUAAUGCUUGCAAAAACCCUAGCAGCAUGUAGUUCAUAUCUGGAGUGCAGCUGGUCCACUCUAAGAUUGUUCUUAUCUUCCAUCAAAUUACUUCUCUCUGUAAGACAUAAUCUGCUGCCCCCUUUCUCUCUUCUUCCUGUCCAGGACAGAGACAUGGUAGUGGAUCAGAUCAUCUCAUGGCUGGUCAAGUCUCUAGUCCUGUAGAGUAUAAGGCAAUAGGCCAUACUUGUACUAGUAGAAGUACACCAGCAGUAUGGCUGGUACUAGUGUAGUUGUUGGCUGAUUUCAGCCUUGUACCCUAGGAGUAUGUAGUUGGUAGAACUGUACCUUAGAAGGUACAUGUAGUGGUGUAUAUAAACCAGCCCAAUGCAAUGGAACCAGCAGCAAGUUCAUUGCCACUCAUUCAGUUCCAGUUUCAGUUCAAGUCUGAAACUGUGUGUGUGCUGUGUGUGUGCAGUAGUAGCUCAGGGCUUUUCUUCUACCUUGGAGCAGGGGAGAGGGAGAGGGGAGGAGAGCAGGUGCUGCUCACCUCGGUGCAGGGUUGCUGUGCCAACAAGUGGUAUCAGAGCCGUACAAGCCGUAGCUAGGUCCCCUGACCAGCAAUGGCGGAGAGUGCGGGCCGGAAUGGUGGCGGGGAAGGUGGUGAGCGACAGCUCCAACCGGCGCCACAAGUUGAGGUGCGCGUGGUGAAGGAGUUCGGUGGCAGUGGCUCCUGGCCCAUGCUCACCCGCACCAACUACGGUGAGUGGGCGACGCAGAUGAAGUGGAAGCUUCGCGCGCGCAAGUGGUGGCGGGCGAUUGAGGAGGAUGACCGCACCGAGGACGCCCAGGUGGGAGUCAUGGAGGCGCUCAUGGCCUCAACGCCGGCGGAGUACCAUGAGGCGCUGGGCGCGAAGGACACUGCGAAGCAGGCCUGGGAGAUGCUGGAGUCUCUGCGCAUUGGCUCGGAUCGAGCUAAGAGGGCGAGGAUUCAGCAGCUGCGCAGGGAGCUGAACGACAUCAAGUUCAAGCCCGGGGAAUCGGUGGAGGACUUCACCCUUCGCCUCCAGUCCCUGGCCACGCAACUGGCCACCUACGGCAAGAAGGUGGACGACGAGGACCUCGUCACCAAGCUGCUGUGCACCGUGCCGGCAAGAUACUCGCAGCUCGCCAUGUCCAUCGAGACCAUGCUGGACAUCUCCACGCUGUCUCUGGAGGACGUGGCCGGGCGGCUGCGGGUAGCAGAGAGCCGCACCACGCCGGCGCCGGAGAAGGAGAAGCCCAAGCUCCUGCUGACCGAGGAGGAGUGGUCAGCACGCAUGAAGGAGAAGAGGCGGUCCGGGGAAGGCUCCAGCCGUGGUGGCGGCGAUCGCGGCGGUGGCAAGCAGCAGAGCAAGGGGCCGGCAGACAAGAAGAAGGGGAAGAAGAAGUUCACCGACCCGAAUGCCUGCCGCAAGUGCGGCAAGGUUGGGCACUGGGCGCGGGAGUGCCCGGAGCGCAAGGAGAAGAAGGAUGAGGCGCACCUAGCUCAGGACGACAGCGACGGCGAUCACGCACUCCUGAUGGGGGUGUACUGCGCGGAGCAGAGCGGCAGAGAAGAAGUGUUGGAGGCGGAGCAGAGUCCUGCGCCACUGGCUAUCCAUCGCUUUGAUGAGCCGCGAGCGCAGGUCCAUCUUGGGGUCGCCGGAGAUGAGUCCGAGCAGAGGUGGUACCUGGAUUCCGGCGCGAGCAAUCACAUGACAGGCUGCCGCGCCGCCUUCUCUGAGCUGGACGAGAAGCAUGCCGGGAGCGUCCGGUUCGGGGACGGCUCUCGGGUGGAGAUUCGCGGACGAGGGACGGUGCUGUUCAGGUGCAAGAACGGGGAACACCGAGCGCUCUCGGAGGUCUACUACAUCCCCGAACUCCGGUCGAGCAUCAUCAGCUUGGGACAGCUGGACGAGCACGGCGCGGAGGUGCUUAUCCGCGGCGGCGUGCUUCGGAUCAGGGACCAGGACGGUCGGCUCCUGGCAAAGGUAAAGCGAUCACGCAACCGACUUUACCUCCUUGAUUUGAAGAUCGAGCAACCAGUGUGCCUAGCAGCAGCAUGCACGGAGAAGCCAUGGUUAUGGCAUGGCCGGUUCGGCCAUCUCAACUUCGAUGCACUGGGCCGGCUCGGGAAGAUGGUGGACGGCCUACCAGAGAUUAGGCACGCAGGCGAGCUCUGCGACAGCUGCCUGGCAGGGAAGCAGAGGCGGCUGCCGUUCCCCAAGGCAGCCAAGCGUCGCGCAGAGGAGCUGCUCGAGCUGGUCCAUGGGGACCUCUGCGGACCAAUCACGCCGGCGACCCACGGCGGGCGGAGGUACUUCCUCCUGCUCGUAGACGAUUGCAGCCGCUACAUGUGGCUGCAGCUUCUAACGAGCAAGGCCGAGGCAGCGGACUCCAUCAGGCGCUUUAAGGCGCGGGUGGAGGUGGAGUCCGGGAAGAAGCUGAAGGUGCUGAGGACAGACCGCGGCGGCGAGUUCACGGCGAUAGAGUUCGCCACCUACUGCGCCGAGGAGGGGGUGGGGCGCCAUCUCACUGCGCCCUAUUCCCCUCAGCAGAACGGCGUGGUGGAACGCCGGAACCAGACCAUCGUUGGGAUGGCGCGAUCGAUGAUGAAGGCGAAGAAGAUGCCGGGAGCAUUCUGGGGCGAGGCAGUGAGCACGGCUGUCUUCAUCCUCAACCGGGCUCCCACCAAGGCGCUGAAAGGACAGACUCCGUUCGAGGCAUGGCAUGGGCGCAAGCCUAAUGUCUCGUUCAUGCGCACAUUCGGCUGCAUUGGCCAUGUGCGCACCACCAAGCCAGGGCUUCACAAGCUGGAAGAUAGGAGCACCAAGGCAGUGUUCCUUGGCUACGAGGAUGGGUCCAAGGCCUACAGGCUCUACGAUCCGGCUGGCGGGAAGGUGAUGGUGUCCCGAGAUGUCGUCUUCGAUGAAGCGGCUGCCUGGAGGUGGGAGGAGGAGGAGACCGUUUUGGGGGAAGCUUCAGAAGGCGGUGGCAUCAACGACUCCUUCGACGUCGAACACCUGGUGAUUCAGGGCCAUGGCGCAGCGGCUGAGCAGUCACCAGAGCCUGCAGCCGGGAGAGGUGUCGAGUCACCUGUUGCAGCAGAGGAGCCACCCAGUCCAGGCAGGACUGGGCACCUGGAUACGCCCGGGCCGGCCUGGGAAGAGUUCCCUGGCUCACCCGAGCAGCGGACACCAGCUGCGGCCACCGUGGAGUACGCCUCGCCACCCUCCAACGUCUCAGACUUCGUGGAUGCUUUCCAUGAAGGGGAGGAGGUGCGGUUCCGGCGGGUGGACAACGUGGUCGGGGAGGCAGCCGUGCCAGGACUGGCUGAUCGGCUGCUCGACGACGGCGCCCACACUUUGCUCUUGAUGAGCGCAGAGGAGCCGGGCACGUUUGCAGCUGCGGAGCGCGAUGGAGCAUGGCGGCGUGCGAUGCUCGAGGAGAUGAAGUCCAUUGAGGACAACCGCACCUAGGAGCUUGUCGAUCCACCGGCGGGAUGCCGACCGAUCGGGCUCAAAUGGGUGUACAAGGUCAAGCGCGACGAGCGGGGCGCCAUCGUGAAGCACAAGGCACGGCUCGUCGCCCGCGGAUUCGUGCAGCGGGAAGGAGUUGACUUCGAGGAGGUCUUCGCACCAGUAGCGCGCAUGGAGUCGGUGCGACUCCUGCUUGCGCUCGCGGCAGCCAAGGACUGGCAGGUCCACCACCUCGAUGUCAAGUCUGCCUUCCUCAAUGGCGACUUGGCAGAGGUGGUCUUCGUCAAGCAACCGCCAGGAUUCGUGCAGGCGGGGCAGGAGCAGAAAGUGCUGCGGCUUCGGAAGGCGCUGUAUGGGCUGCGUCAAGCUCCACGCGCCUGGAAUGCCAAGCUCGACGCCACCAUGACGGAGCUUGGAUUCACACGAUGCGCCAGCAAGCAUGCUCUGUACACCCGACGACGGGGGAAGGAGCACCUCAUCGUCGGGGUGUACGUCGAUGAUUUGAUCAUCACCGGCGCGCGGGCAAGCGACAUCGCUCGGUUCAAGGAGGAGAUGGCCAGCCAGUUCAAGAUGAGUGAUCUCGGAUCGCUGUCUUACUACCUCGGGAUUGAGGUGAGGCAGGGGGCGGACUCCAUCAAGCUUGGUCAGCGGGCGUACGCGCUCAAGCUACUGGAAAGGGCUGGCAUGGUAGGCUGCAAACCAGUGGCUACACCGAUGGAGGAGCGCGUGAAGCUCUCCAAACAGAGCACGGCGGAGAAGGUGGAUGCCACCUUGUACCGGAGCACCGUCGGUGGUUUGAGGUGGCUCACGCAUACCCGGCCGGACAUUGCGUUCGCCGUCGGCUAUGUGAGUCGCUUCAUGGAGGAUCCGCGGGAAGAUCACUGGGCGGCAGUAAAGCGCUUGCUGCGGUACGUCCAGGGGUCAGCGGAGAUGGGGCUCAUCUUCCCCAAGCGUGGUGGGUUUCGGCUGUCUGUCUUCAGCGAGGCGCCACCCAGGACAGGGGAAGCAGAGCUGGCGGCUUACAGUGAUGCGGACAUGGCCGGGGACGUGGAUGGACGGAGGAGCACCUCUGGGGUGCUUGUGUUCCUCGGGUCUGCGCCGGUUGCCUGGCAAUCACUGAAGCAGAAAAUGGUGGCUCUGUCCACUUGUGAAGCGGAGUAUGUCGCGGCAGCGACGGCAGCAUGCCAGGUGGUGUGGCUCCGGCGGUUGCUGAGUGAGCUCACAGGAAGUAAAGCUCAGGCACCGGCACUGAAGAUGGACAAUCAGCCGGCCAUAGCAUUGGCAAAGAACCCAGUUCUCCACGACCGAAGCAAACACAUUGAUGUGAAGUUUCACUUUCUUCGUGAUUGCAUCGAUGGAGGGCAGCUGAUCAUCGAGUUCGUCGAAACUGGUCGACAACUCGCUGACAUCCUCACCAAGUCACUCGGGAAGCUUCGGUUUUAGGAACUGAGGAAGAUGAUUGGCAUGGUGGAAGUCAAAUGAGGGCAGCAAAGAUUAGGGGAAGAUUGUAAGACAUAAUCUGCUGCCCCCUUUCUCUCUUCUUCCUGUCCAGGACAGAGACAUGGUAGUGGAUCAGAUCAUCUCAUGGCUGGUCAAGUCUCUAGUCCUGUAGAGUAUAAGGCAAUAGGCCAUACUUGUACUAGUAGAAGUACACCAGCAGUAUGGCUGGUACUAGUGUAGUUGUUAUUGCCAUACUUGUACUAGUAGAAGUACACCAGCAGUAUGGCUGGUACUAGUGUAGUUGUUGGCUGAUUUCAGCCUUGUACCCUAGGAGUAUGUAGUUGGUAGAACUGUACCUUAGAAGGUACAUGUAGUGGUGUAUAUAAACCAGCCCAAUGCAAUGGAACCAGCAGCAAGUUCAUUGCCACUCAUUCAGUUCCAGUUUCAGUUCAAGUCUGAAACUGUGUGUGUGCUGUGUGUGUGUGCAGUAGUAGCUCAGGGCUUUUCUUCUACCUUGGAGCAGGGGAGAGGGAGAGGGGAGGAGAGCAGGUGCUGCUCACCUCGGUGCAGGGUUGCUGUGCCAACACUCUCCAAUUGAGUUCUAUCUUUAGCCCUCUUAAGAAUUUGAGGAUGGAUAGAAUGGGAUGGAGAAAGGUUUGAGUUUGAAAAUGCUCCAUCUUACUCAGAAAAGAACUGGGGUGGAGGUUUUCCAAGAAAGUGGUAUUGGAUCCAGUGCAAUGUCUUCUCAGGAGCUUCUGGUGAAGUUUC